AUAUACAUGCCCGUCUCGGCUGUGAACGGCGCGGCUGCGGUUACUAUAGCGAACGUCGGGUCGAACGACGUAGCGGACGAGUCGCGGCCGAACGUCGGCUGGUCGAACAUGAUGCGCGCUUCCGACGGUACGCUCGACGUGCUGCGAUUGGAAAGGUUCCGUGCGACGAUUGCCAGCGACACCGCCGUGACGGCGACGACGACGACGACGACGACGACGACGACGACGACGACGAUAACAACAACGACGACGACGACGACGACGACGACAAGGAAACGGACGGCGGUGGGAAAUAAUGGGGACACGGCGACGUCGAGAAAGUGCGAGGGCCAGCAGAUGGGCCUGGUGAACUCUACGAACAGCUGUUCGUCCUGCGUGUCCGGGAAUCGCAUGACGACGGAAAUGGCGCAGGAAGAACACGGCCCGUCUUGGAACAAUCUGCCCAGCGUUAUCCUGCAGGAGAUAUUCUCGUAUUUGCCGCACGAGAGCAGAAUAACAGCAUCCCAGGUGUGCAGAAAUUGGAGGUACACUCUGUUUCAUCCGAGCUUUUGGAAAAAAAUUGUUUUCGCGUUCAGGGACAAGGACAGCAUUUUGUGGAUCCGAUAUUUGGCGGAACGUUUCGCUCUCAGUGUGCAGGAGGCCACGAUCCGUUGGAAAGCACCUAGUAAUAUUAAUUAUGUGGGUGAAAUGUAUAGACUCUUGAAUAAACUAAGUCAAAACAGACAACUGAAGAAAUUAUUUUUGGAAUUCGAUGAUAAGACUUACGCCUUUGACAGUAAUUACUAUCGCCCCGCAUCACUAGUGAAGUCUGUAAUAAAUAUCAUCAAGACGUCGAACUGCCUGGAAGCACUGAGUCUGGGAUGCACGGAAGAGCCGGUAGAAAAUAUUUACGUGAUCCUGGAGCACCUGCGUCUUCACCACGCCAAACACUUGACGCACCUCAGUCUGGCGUCUAUCAAAAACAAUCCCGAUUAUUACAAAGUUUACAACAUCGAUAGCUCUUGUUUUAACUCGUUUAUCAGAUUAUCUGUUUUAACCUUGGAUUACGAGUUCGUGAGCGAUACUUUGUUGAAGGCGCUAGAUAACGGGUGCAUGCAGAGACUCGUGAUUCACAUACACGGUUGGAAUAAGACCUAUCCGGGAACGACGAACAGGGCCUGGCAGACUUUCGUCCAAAAGAACCCGCAGUGCGAAUUGAGGCUCAAUCUUAUACACUCUUACACCGGCGUUAAGGCACUGCACUCCGAUAUAUUUUGCCCGGCGAUGCCGCUGACGCAUCUCAAGGUUCUAUUCUGCCGUAACGUCAAUAUCAGAGCGCUGUUCCGAUUAUCGAUGUGGUACUCGCACACGCUGAGAUCGUUAACGUGGAUAGACUCGAUCGAUCGCACGCAACACAUGCCAGCCACGUUGGAUCCAAACGAUCCGAACAGUCCAGAUCCCCUCGUGCUAGUGGCGUGGAAAUGCAGCAAGCUCACAAAAAUGGUGUUUCUGGGUUACAAAUACUACCAGGAAAAUCUACUGGCCAUCGCGCGUCUCAGGGGGAGCACGCUCAAGUUGCUGGCAUUCGCGAAAAGCGAUAUCACAUCCGACCAUCUGUGGCACAAGGCCGAGAAUAUCGCACACGAAAUCGGAAGCAUAAUGGGUCUACAUUGGAUGCCGCUGAACGACUCGGAUCUGCCACUGGUGAUACUGAAUCCCCUGAAGGGCAGCAGCAGGAAAGUGAUAAUGUCGCUGGUUCUCAAUGAUCAGAAGUAAUUUAAGCGAUAACAAAUGGAAAAUCUCUACUCAGUACGAUUGAUCCAAAACAACAAGUCAAUCUCCCAGGCCAACGCCGGACGACACUCAGAAGUAAUGUUACCAAAACAAUCUUUCAUCUCAUCUUUAUUCUUCUGUAUAAGAUUCGUUUUUUAAAGAGGAGAUGAAACGUUCAAACGGCGUGAGAGAACCACACGCGUCGCCAGCCGUCGGAGAUGCUGUUGCGCAGAAAACGACGUUGUCGUUUUUUUUGUUUUUCUGCCUGAGUUGAAAGAAAGAAUCUUGCUGAGUACGUUAUUGAGAAACACAGAGGAAUAUAUAAACGCGCACAUAUAAUUCUCUCCUCGUUUACGAUAAAUUUCUGUCGGUUCGUGUUUUGAAUGUGAUAAAAAAAAAAAAAAAAAAAACUGUAGUCAACUAGUAGAUCUACUUCGACUUUCUCUGAUGGUAUAUGUAUAUCAACAAGAAUUGCAAACGCACACACGUUUGCAAGACAAGCGAGACGAUCUCUUUUUAACCGGGAGACGAUCUCAGUAAUUUAUAUAAUAUAUAUAUAUAUAUAUAUAUUUAUAUAUAUAUGUGCAUUGUAAUUGUUUUCUCUUGAAUGAAAAAAACUGUCGCGUUGGCAAAGUGAUGUUGGGCGCGAUCACGCGAGAGAAAAACACACGCGCGUGAUGUAUUGCCAGAAAGAGAGAGAAAGAGACAGAUUGAAAAAUAUCAGAGUUCAUUUUAUAUUAUUGCAAAGUAUCAUGCUGGGCGAGAAAUGAAGAAACUGAGACGUGGCUGAGAUCAAGUUUGUAACGCAGGAGAAGUCAGCGUCGUCAGGUCUUUAAAAGAGAUCAAUUUAAUGCAAAGCUUAUAAGUAGAAUUUGAAUCAAAGGAGAGUAUACGUCUCGUCUAGCGGAGAAAGAGAAAGACACACGUAGAAAAGAAGACAAGAGAGAGAGAGAGAGAAAGAAAGAAAGAAAGAAAGAGAUUCCGAUCUCCGUGAUCUUCCACUGGAAAGAAUAACAAAAUUCCAAAUGUAUGUAAGUAGAAACGCGUUUGACAACAUAUUUUUCCAAUUCUCUGGGAAGUUUUAUAGAUAAAUAGCGAGCGCCAAGAGUAAAAAAUGACGUGCGAGAGUUAAAUAUCUAGUGAGAUUUCUUCGCGAAGAAGUUCGUCGAACGAGCGGCGCGUGAGUAUGUAUUAUAUUAUAAAGAGCGAAAUACGUGUUGCGCUCGACAGAAAAAUAAAGAAGGAGGAUAAACAAAAAACAAAAAGAAAGAAAGAGAAAGAAAGAGCACGAGGUCGAUUAAUAUACAGCGAUCCGAGGUUAUUUUUAAUACCAAGACCAAUCGGACGCUUUUGUACAAAAUGUUAAGAAAAAAAAAA